AUGCACACGCGCACACACCCUGAGCCUUUCCUGGGGAACCACCCAGGAGCUGCUGACUCCUCACAGGGAAGAUCGGGCGGGGCGGCCGGAAGGGAGCAGGACGGGCGCUGCGCCGUCCCCGGGGACCGCCGCCUCCUGCGCCCUGCGCUUGCAUCAGCGCCUCCCGGCCGAGGCCUGGCCACCGGCGACGUCAGCCGCUUUCCCAGAAGAAUUCCACUUCCUGCGGCCGGCCGGCUGUGUGUGGGCGGGGGGUUUUGGUUUCGCAGGAUGACACCACCUCUUUGCUGCAGCUCCGCAUUCGCACAGUCUGUUGUCAUGGAGACCACAGCAUCCUGGCAGCCUCGGCGAGGCCAGCCGGUCCCGGGAAGUGACUCCGGCCUUGUCCCACGCAGGAAACCACUGGCUGCACUGGGCGCUGUGGCCCCGGCUUCUGGGUUCUGCCCUGUGGGCCACUUUCCGCAUCGCUCCUGUACCAAGAUUUUAAAGCUCUCUUACCCCAGGGUCUUAGAACCGACUCUGGGAAUAUCAAUCUCUGGACCCAGAGAAGAGGCCCGAGGCAGCUCACUGGGGGCAGAAUGCUCAAGAGGAAUAAUCAGAAUUGGCCAUUUUAGAUCCUGUUUACAGAGAACUCCCAGCAUCUUUGUAGAGAAGACCCAUUUGCUAAAGAAAACAAAGGGUCUUUAA